AUGCCUGUUCAGCGACCCGAGCCUCAAACACUAAAAUCUGUCUCUGUUCUAAUAACGACGAUUUGCUUCUUAACCGCUUGUAACAUUUAUGGUUCAAAUAUCAAACACUCGGACUACUCCGGUGAAUUUCGUAUUCGUCCUAAGACUGCGCUGAUGCCUGGUAAAGACAGAGUCAUGAAUAUCAGGGAAGUACCAUGCAGUGCAUCUGGUGCCCAACCCUCAGAAUCCAGUGUUCCAAUCAUUGAUGUACACAGUGAAAAUUUUCAAAGCAUUUGGCCAUCAGUUUUACUGGCAAUGAAAAACUCAUCCUUCAUUGCUUUGGAUACUGAACUCAGUGGACUUGGUGAUCGUCGAUCUUUAAUGGCGAGUUCAAUUGAAGACCGAUACAAGGCUGUAAGUAUUGCUGCCCGAUCGCGGUCAAUUCUUUCACUGGGAUUGUCUUGUUUCAAAUUGAAACAAAAGCAGCCAUGCUCCCCAAUAUCGGCUGGAAAGGAAAGUGAAGGACAACAAGAGAAAUGUUCUGCAUGGAAUUACAUGGUGCAGACCUUCAACAUCACUGUCCUGUGCCAAGAUGAUUAUACAGUAGAGCCAAGGUCUAUGCAGUUCCUUGUUGACCAUGGAUUUGACUUCAACAAACAAUAUUCAAAGGGUAUUUUGUAUCAGCGAGGAAACGAUAAAAACCAUUCUGAGAUUAAUCAUCCUUCUGUACGAGAUCUCUUUUCUGAACUACUGACAGCCAAUGUUCCAGUCGUAUUUCAUAAUGCCAUCGUGGAUCUCAUCUUUCUCCACCAAAAUCUUUAUUGUGAUUUGCCAUUCAAACUAAAUUCAUUUCUCUGCAAUUUAUCUGAAAUGUUUACUGCAGGAAUUUAUGAUACCAAAUUCCUUAUAGAAUAUUACAUGAGGAUGCCGGCUAGUUACCUGGAAUAUGUCUUCAAAAAAUGCUUUAGGAAAGCAAUGAAAAGUGUCUCCAAAAACCAUUUGUUGCUCUCCUUUCUUGAUUACCCACAGAGUUUUGCGUAUGUCAAAUAUCAUGAUCUGGGCUGCCGUACACUUUCAACAUCUCUGACUUACCAACAGCUGCAAGCUCUUGUUUGUCAACGAUUUGCUGAUCAUGGUUAUUGUCACAAAGGCCGCAAUUGUCCAAAGAGUCACAACAUGGAAUUAGUGCUUGACCUUGAUGAAUCAAGACCAUCCAAAACACAGAAGAGAAAAGACCGCAAAAGGAAACGGGAAGAACAGAAGGCUAGCAAAGUAGAAGAAAAGUCCAAAACAUGUCGGACCGCAAACAAUGAAACUGGAGACAUUCCUGCUGACCUAAAAGUUGAGGGAAAGGUACCCUUUGACAAGGCGUCGGACGAGAGUUCAAUAGCAGCAGCAGUCACAUGCUUCGUUUCGUCGCCGGGCCAGUGUGUCAGGAGCGAGCGACGUGACCCUUCUGCCUCCGCCGUUGAGUGGCCCUCCUUUUGA